AUGGCACUUGCACAGCGCCCCGCCUCCCGCUUCUUUGCGGCCUUCUACAGAUGGAAUCUGCAUACUCAACGCUCACGACCUUGUGCACUCGCCUCUCAAUGCGCACGCAAUAAUGCACAUAUCCGCAACGGAAUCUGCCUCCCACGGCACUACCACGCCACUCGUCUCCUGCGACAAAGUCAGGCUGAGUCUCAAGUACAGGAUGAGCAGACGACGGCUCUCGCCGAGGAUACUCGUAAUUUACCACAGAGAGAGGAGGAGCAUCCAUCUCAGUCGACGGAUAGCAUACAAGAAGAGGUAGCGAGCACGCAGCCAAGUGUGGAAGAGCAGGACAUAUCACUUGAACUGUCCGAGGCAGAACUUAAGAAACAAGCACUGAAAGAUUCGUUACGCAGUUUCAUGCGCAAUGUUCCUAGCUCCGUGGCUGUCAUUACUGUUGCGGGCACCGACGCUAGCAAGAAGCAUGGCCCGGUGGGAGUUGCCGUAUCGUCUCUAUGCACUGUGACAUUGGACCCUCCAACAAUUUCCUUCAACAUCAAGGAACCCUCCAAAACACUCGAUUCCAUACGAGAGGCCAAUGGCCUCUUCCGCGUUCACUUCCCAGCGGCUGAUAGACUAGGCGCGAAAAUCGUGGACCUCUUCUCUCGUGGGAACCACCCUGAUGCUUACAACUUGCGAAGGAAAGAGCUCAAGGUCCAUCAUCCCCAAGAGCAGCCAAGUUCCACCUCUACUACUCAUUCUUUGGCGCCGCAGAUCUUGGAAGACUGUAUACUAGCUGCAAUGGAGUGCAAAGUUACUCACGAGUUUCCUGUCGCAGAUCACGUCAUCCUCGUUGCCAAGGUCGAAAACCUGGAACGAAAGUUAUCCACGGAGCCGACGAUACUUUAUAUCGAUGGAGGUUAUAGGGUUCCAAAAGGUGAUAAAAUUUAUACGUCUGCAAGAACCAAAACACCCACGAUUACCAACGUAGGUGUUUGGUCAGUAUGGGGUUAUCCUUUGUUCCCCGGAGAGAAGGAACGACUGUCCUAUUUUUCCCAGAUCAAGGCUUUGAUAAAGAAAACUCCGGCUUAUUACCAAGACCCAACCAGAGACACCUGCCGAGCUAUCGAUUCGAUCUUGCCAUAUCCCGCAGCAAAUUUCGGUAUCAACAUGGAGCUUCUGGUUGCUGAGUGCCGACAAGAAUUAGGCCUUGAGGAUAAGCUUGCACCUGAGCUCAAGGAUCAGCAGGUCCUUGCCGACUUUUAUGGCUCGCUCACGCCUUCAAUAAUGGAAAAGAUCAUUGAGCGAGCGAAUAGGGCAAUCACAUUGGACCCGCGCUUCCUAACUCAGAACUACCGGCUGUUUUUGCAACAAAUAGGUGUUAGUCCCAAUAUCCGUGAUCUGCUUCCCAGCGACAUCAUGAAGCCUCUACGAGCUGCAGGAUUAGUGCCACCUUUCAACCCGCAAGAAGAGACUGGAAGCACCUCGUACGACAUUCGCAAAGUUGAGCAGGUUGAGGUGCGCCUACGUGAAGAACUGAAAAAGAUGAAAUACGCAGCUGCGUUGAAAGAGCCAUUCGAUAAAAUCAUGCAAGCCAUUGGCGAAAAGAAGCAAGCGGUUUACACUUUCAAGAAGUCGCGGUCACGUCUACUCACCGAAAGCCACCCAACUCUCUUUGAUGCUAUGUGCAUCGAUAUUUCCGGUCAUUUGACCGAUGCCGAAGUCCGUGUGGUCAUGUGCCGUCUCAUCAAUCGCCUAAACAUCUUCUCCUUGAGCUUCCAAAGGAAUAUUACCGAGGACUGGUGCGAAUCAUUGCGUCGAGUGGGCGUAAAUCCCACCAUUACAGGCAUGAAUGUGGAGUUCAUGUUCGGCAAGCUGAAACAUAUCUUCUACUCCACACGUCAUUUCCGCGAUUUCCCUACGGCAGUGGAAGAGAUGUUGAAACCGUGGUUUGUGUGGUCUGUUAGUUGGAACGACCUUGAGGAACGAGUCAAACAAUUCGUCCAAAAGACGCCUUUACGUGCGACCGGCUGGGCGAACAAAGAUCGACUGGCUGCCAUGGGUUUGCACUGGGAGGCCGUCGUCACACUGCCCAAAACUGACGACCUUGGCGAAGAUGUAAAGCAACCGCUCUGGGAAGGACAUAUACUCGAUACAAUCGUCGCAAAAGAGUUGAAGAACCACUACGGCAAAGGCACAGAUGAAGAGAACCAGGGAAUCGCAAAGUACCUAAAGGAAACCUACGACUUUGACGUUACGCAUAAGUCAAUCGUGUACACACCCGCAGCAUCGCUAAAUCAAUCUUCUGGUGAUGAAAUGCUCGAAGCCAUGGAAGCAAAUCUUCCCUCAAAGAAAAAAGAGGCCAAGUCGUCCUUCUUGAAACGCGUCACAGCCCCUCCUCGUCUACGCGCCGAAGAAACUACGGCUCCACGCAAGCCCCGCCAUCAAUCACUCAAUAAUCCGGCUACAUCCAAAAUACGCAUUCGAGGAUUUAAGCAGAGUACUCUCCCCGGAGUACCCCGCUACAAGCCCAGUAGAGCCAACCAGUUGAACAAGAAUGGUCUGCUUAAAAAAUAUAAAGUGGAGCCGCCAGCGCAGUGGAAAACUUAUUCGUUUAAGAAGGGGGGUGAAGGGUCUUCGUGAAAGUAAGAAGUGCGCGGACUUGUGUCAUGAAAUGUGUAAUAGCAGUUGGAAGCAGGAUGUUGUUCUGUGUGUAUGAUGUAUGACUUUUCUUCACUUGAUUUACAUAUAUUUAUCUUGCUCUACCCUCUCUUGUGAGUAUAUACAUAAACUUCUCGCUAGCUACUUAUGUUCGUGAUCACUAGUGGCAAUCAUGGGGAACAGUUCCAGCUAUCUGUAGCAUAAACAACAUGGGGUAUAUUGCAGAUAUAUCGACGUCGGCACAGGUGAGUCUGUUGUAUGCACUGCUGCAAAUUCACAUGAAAUAGCAGCGGUGAGUUGUUAUCUCGACUUUCGCACAAUCCGCUGGGAGACUGAUGAAUUUCUUAUAGAGCAGAGAUUUGCUUCUAAUGGUUAGUGGCUGUUUCACAGUUUAGCUGUGUCGAUCGAUGCAAUCUAGCUACUUUGGUCAGUGCAAUGUAACAGUGUUGGUCGAUG